GCCAAUCGUUGGGGGAAAAGAACAAAAAAAAAAUUAAUGGCGAGACUCUUCGUCUCUAUCCCUAUGCAAACGGCAGCCUUGUCGGCGCUUUCUCAGCCUCUAUUUCCGCCACCGGUGAGCUGUUUCGUCGAUGGAGGGGUGGGAGGAUUAUGUUUUACAAGAAGAAUCAGAGACUGUUCCGUGAUGGUGCGAGCAGGGCCAAGUACGAGUAGCUACUUGCUCGCGUUCGCCAUUCCUGCUACUCUUAUCGCCGCUACUGUUUUCACUUCGGCUAAGAUCGCUGAUAAGCUUGAUGAUGACUUCCUCGAAGAUAUUGCGUUCAACCAGGCGAUAAAAGCAGCAGAAGAUGGAGAGAAUGGCCAAGGUGAAAUCUCGAUGGACGAUUUGAUUAAAGAGCCUGUGCUUCAACGAACACGUAAACGUCCUAAGCGUGAAGUUUAAGCAAAACACACACACACACACUUAAGCUUCUUCUUAAGGAGUUUCAUUCAGUGAUCCAAUGACUGUAACAAUAUCUUGUGUUUGUACAAGCAUGUAAUAACAUUUAUAGUUGUAGUUACUGAAAAAAUUAUU